AUGGCAGGCGCAGAAAUCGCACCGAACGAUGCUGCUAAGCAACCUGAUAUCGAUGCCCUCAAGCUCGCCGAAAUGGGCUACAAGCAAGAUAUGAAGCGUAACUUCUCGCUCUGGUCCGUCCUCGGCGUGGCAUUCUCGCUCACAAACUCCUGGUUUGGCGUCUCUGCUUCCAUGGUCACCGGCAUCAACUCCGGCGGGCCUGUUCUUCUUGUUUACGGUAUCCUCCUGAUCGCCCUCAUCACCUCUUGCGCCGCCGUAUCGCUCAGUGAGCUGGCUUCGUCAAUGCCCAGUGCCGGCGGGCAGUACUUUUGGGCAAACGAAUUGGCCCCUUCUCGCUACGCCAAUUUAGCAGGCUAUCUUACAGGCUGCUUUGCCUGGGUCGGCAGCAUCUUCACUACUUCCAGUGUCGCCUUGGCCAUGGCUACGGCUGUUACUGGUCUGUACCAGCUCACGCAUGAAUCGUUCGAGGUUCAGGCCUGGCAUGUUAUUGUUGCCUACCAGGCUCUUAACGCAGUCUCUUUCCUCUUCAACAUAUACGGCAAAGUCCUCCCCACAAUAGCCACUGCAACCCUGUACAUUUCGCUUCUCUCGUUCGCCAUAAUCCUCAUCACCGUCCCCAGCUUUGCUCCAAACCACAACUCAUCCAAGUUUGUCUUCGCAACUUUCAUCAACAACACCGGAUGGCAUAACGAUGGCAUCGCAUUUCUCAUCGGCCUGAUGAAUCCAGAGUGGGCGUUCGCGUGCCUCGAUUGUGCCACGCACAUGGCCGAGGAGGUUCCGGAACCAGAAAAGACCAUCCCCCUGGCCAUUUGUAGUACAGUUGCCAUCGGAUUUUGUACAGCCUGGCCAUUCGCUAUUGGCAUGAUGUUCAGUAUCCAAGAUCUCACGAGCGUCACUUUCACUCCCACCGGUGUACCGAUAAUUGAGAUAUUUCACCAGUCAACCAACGUGAUUGGAGCGUGUGCCUUGGAAACCCUUGUCAUCCUCACUGGAACCGGCUGCCUCAUUGCGUGCCAUACGUGGCAGAGCCGUCUGUGCUGGAGCUUUGCAAGAGACGCUGGCCUACCGGGCCAUAGGUGGCUCAAACAGGUCCACCCGAGACUGGAAGUGCCCCUGAUGGCGCAUCUUUUCAGUUGCACCCUCGUGGCUCUAGUCGGAUUUCUAUACUGGGCCAGCACAGCAGCCUUCAGCUCUACCGUGACGGCAUGCAUCGUCCUCCUUUACGUCUCAUACUCAGUCCCAGUGAUCAGUCUCCUCGUUCGAGGCCGCAGCAACAUCCGCCAUGGACCUUUCUGGCUCGGAGACAAACUAGGCCUCGUGGCCAACUGCCUUCUACUCGCCUGGACCCUCUUUAUCAUUGUCAUCUACAGCUUCCCUACCACCAUGCCGACCUCUGGCCGCUCGAUGAACUAUGUCUCUGUGCUUUACAUUGCGCUGGCUGCCGUCAUGCUCUUCGAUUGGAGCGUACGUGCCAGGUGGGAGUUCCGUGGGCAUUUGGAGCGGAAACUCGAUGCCGCGGCAGGAGGAAGAGGACAUGGUGGUGAGAGAGAGGUUGUUGCGGUCACUGGGAACUCAGAUGCAGCAGGUAGGACCUCGUCAGUUGGUGGCAUGCUAGGAGAGCGUGGAGGAGGACAUGGCGGGGAUGGAUCAGUUGGGGUGGGCAAUGACAAUAGGACAGAGGAGCGAGCAUGA